AUGAUUUACUUUUUGUUUUGUUUAAUUAAUUUACUGCAUUUGGUUAAAUGCGGAUAUAAAAUAAGUCAUAGUGGAAAUAUUGUUAUUACAAAUCAAUUUAAUAGUAUUGUUGAUAUAAAAUUAUUAGGAGAAAAUGAUGCAUUUAAUUUAGAAUUAAGUGACAUUAUUAGAUUCCCAGUAUACUGUAUUCCUUUCAGUACUAUUGAUUAUAAUUCUAGUAGUAACCGAAAGUCAAUAUAUUUUAUUAAACAUGAAUUCAAAAAUUUACUUUAUUUAUAUAAGAAUAAUGUCAAAAUAAUGCCAAUUAUUUUUCCUGAUCGAGAUUAUAUUUCUGGAUUAGCAGUGAAUAAUGGUUUUAUUUUAAUGAUAACAGAUAUAGAUUUGUAUAAAAUUGAUACUGAAAAGAAAAAAAUUAAUCUUUUAAAUGUUGAAGCAGGAAAAUAUACAGAUAUAUAUAAAAAUAAAGAAAUGUUUUUUUCUAGCGUAAUUUCAGAUAGUAUUGAAAAUCAUUUCUUUAUUAUAUGUUCUAUAAGAGUAAAUUAUUACAUUUUACAUGUAAGAUAUGAUGAAAAGAACGAUUGUAUAGAGAUAUUAAACGUAAUAGAUAAUAUAGAUAACGAACCAUUAAGAGUUGUGAAUGGUGUAGCUGUGAUUGAAAAUCGUUUAUAUAUAACUGAAAAUGCAGAAAAUAUUAUUAGAUUUACUCUUGAUAGAGAAAAAAAUAAUGCAAUAACAGAAAAUGUGUUUAGUUAUACUAAUGGAAAUAAGAUAGUUAGUUUAAGUGGCAAUUCUAAAUAUGAUAAAGAACUUAAUGAAAAUACGGAUUAUUUAAUAGUUAAUUCAAAAAAAAUUUCUUCUGGUAUGCCAUCUUCUGAAAGUUGUUUAGAUUUAUUAAAAAUAAAUAAAAAUAAUACUGAUUUGUUUAAUAUAGUAGAUUUGUUUAGUAAGGAUAUUAAUUUUUUUUACUUUAAUAUUUAUGAUGCUCAUAUAUUUGUUGAUGACCAGUAUGAGCCAAUGGAAUUAACUAAUGCCUUAAAUGAAAAGGCUAAUUUUUUAAAGUAUAAUAAAAAAAAAGAAUUAGAAAUAAAAAAGAAACAAGAAUCCAAUAAAUAUAUAUUAAAAAUUAUUUGGACAAAUGAUUAUAAUUGCACAAUUAAUAAAGGAUUUGUAGAUAUAAGAAAAUAUAAAAUAGAAAAAAAUGGUGAAAAAAAACUACCAUUUACUUAUAUAACAAAUCAAUAUGCUUUUGCUCCCUAUACUACAUCUGUAAGUCACUGCUCAAAAAAAAAUUCUAUUUUUAAAGCUAUAUGUUAUUAUGAUUCUGUAAACAAUUAUGUGAACAUCUUAAAUGAACCUAGAGAAUAUAACACUGAAUUUACAGGAACUUAUCAUUUUGACGGAUUUAAAGAUAACAUAGCAUUUGAUUACAAAUCUAUUUCAAACAUACACGUAUUAACAUAUCCAUUUAAUAAUACAGUAUAUGUGUAUUUUGACAAAAAAUAUAUAGAAAUCAAUUUGCCACAACCAUUUGGUAUUUCUAUUGACAAAAGUAAUAGUUUUGAUGGAAAAGUUAUCAUAUAUGUUACAGGAAAUGAUGACAAAAAUAAUUACGUAAAUAAAUGUGUUAUAAGUAAAUUAGAAAAAGAAUAUGAAUGUUAUAAUGUUUUUAAUAAAAAAAAAAAAUAUAAUGAAUUAUUUCAAUAUAUAUCCUAUAUCACAAUUAAAUCUGAAGGAGAAGAGUUAACAUAUGUAUAUGUAACAAAUAAUAAAAAAACUAUAUAUAGACUACAUAAACAAGAUAAAAAAUGGAUAUUUAAUACAUGGUUUCAAUUAGAUGAUCCAUCACAACGUAUUGGCCCAAUAUCAACUUCAUUAAAUUACUUUUACGUAACAAAAAAAGCACUAAAAAGUUUGAUUGCAACAUAUCCAGAUUCAAAAAUGUUAUUAAAAAUAAAGAAUGCUAAAAAAGAAGAUUUAUAUAUAACGGAUGAUAAAUAUAUCUUUUUAACUGCCUCUCAUACUGUUAUAUUUUGCGCUAAUAAUGAUUCAUAUGGACGUAAUAGUGGGUCAACUAUUCAUUUUUAUGCUUCCAUAUUAAAAGAGAAAUAUUACCAAUCUUUUGGUGUAAAUAGUAUCGUGUUUAAUAUAUCAAAUGAUUCUAAAUUUAAUUAUUAUUUGAAUUAA